GCUAUUACUCUGGUUAGCGUGGAAGUCACCCUUUUUGCCCUACAAAAUGUCUUUUCUCCAAGCAACAGUGAGAUGCAGCCUCACUGCCUUGUUCCUGGGGCUCUGCCUACAACUAUGCAUUGGGCAAGAUGAUAAAAACCGGAAGCCACUUGUUCUGAAAAUGAGCCCAAUACCAAGUGUUAAAAGAAGUGAACAAUGGGAAGUAAGAUGUAAUGUUUCAACUGAAGCAAGAGAAUGUGUGCCAAUGCUAAUAUAUACUACGACCGAUUCAGCCACUAAUUGUGCUUAUAAGGAAUACGUAUAUAAAGCCUGUAUAUGCCCAGGGGACAGUGCAAGGAACUUCUACUGGGACAUGUGCAGCCAAAAUGAUGUAACCGUGAACUGUAAGGCUGUUACUAUUUUAGAAAAGGGCAUCUGUGAAUAUGGUUACGUGCCAGUAACCCGCUAUAUUGCUAAAGCAAACCAAACAUACACUCCAAGUGACUGAAUUGGACUCCUGUUCUCCCUGUCCCUGGCUGGUCAUGCUGCAGAGAGAUGCCUUGGGAAUGAACAUCUGAAGCCACUGAGGUCUAUGAGAUAAACAUCCUACAAAGCUUCUUGUUUGUCUGGGUUAUUCCAAUCUUGUUUUGUUUUGAUUGCUUUCCUGCCCCACAAUACCUACACUUAAUGCCUGUAUACCUUCUAAUAAACUCGAGUGAUCUCAAUAA